UAAAAACCAUCUCUCCACACUCCCCUGCAGAAAAACACCCACCCAUUUGAUCAUCUCAACCAGGAAGAAGAAGAAGAACUCAAAAUGUCACUCACAAUUCCCACAAAUCUCUCCAAACCCAUCAAUCCAACAUCCAAAUUGAUCACAAAGCCGGCAAGAGCCGCCACGAUACUCUGCUCCGCCGCCGCUUCCUCUAACAAUGGAAGCUCAGAGCCGUCGUCUUCCUCAUCGUCGUCGUCAUUGAAGGCGUUCUCCGCCGCCCUGGCGCUCUCCUCCGUCCUCCUGUCGACGCCCGUGCUCCCGGCCUCCGCCGACAUCUCCGGCCUCACCCCCUGCAAGGAGUCCAAGCAGUUCGCCAAGCGGGAGAAGCAGCAGAUCAAGAAGCUCGAAGCCGCCAUUAAAAAGUACGACCCCGACAGCGCCCCUGCUCUCGCUCUCAAGGCAACCAUCGAGAAAACCAAGCGCAGGUUUGACAACUAUGGGAAGCAAGGGUUGUUGUGCGGGUCGGACGGGCUGCCGCACUUGAUAGUGAGCGGAGAUCAGAGACACUGGGGAGAGUUCAUCACCCCGGGGAUCCUUUUCCUGUACAUUGCAGGGUGGAUCGGGUGGGUUGGGAGGAGCUACCUGAUCGCCAUCAGGGAUGAGAAGAAGCCGACCCAGAAGGAGAUCAUCAUCGACGUUCCCUUGGCCAACAGGCUCGUCUGGAGAGGCUUCAUCUGGCCCGUUGCCGCCUACAGAGAGUACGUCACCGGCGAGCUCAUUGACCCUAAUGUCUAAAUCCCUCUUUCCCUCCUUCAGGUACUGGGAAAGUGGAUUUGAUUAGGGACCAAGGUGGUGGCAAGAAGGAGCUUGAUUUUGUGUUUGUAAGGAGGAGUUGGAAAUUUUAUGAAUCUUGUGUUUGUAUAUUUUUACCUGAUAUUAUAAGCAUUCAAUGCCUUUCUUUGAAUUUGAACACUAAGCUACAGCCUAUUGUACUUUUCUUGUCUCUGCUCUAACUUAAGCCAAUUAAAAUGUGUGAGAAAUUCUUAAGCA